AUGGAAGAAGCUCUUAGAGUAGCAUGGGAUGCCGCCCCUGGCAUGACCAGGGCAAUCGUCCUCAUGUACAUCAUCCUUCUACUCUGUGGGCUAAUACUCCAGCUCACCAACACGUAUGUCGCGGACGAAUUCGUGGAUUUGACCGUGUGGAACUUCUGGUAUCGCCGGCAAUAUUGGUUGCCGCUGACGAGUCCUUUUAUCUACUCCCUUAACGUGUUCACGAUGAUCGCGGGUCUACCUGUGGGUUAUUAUCUUUUAUGCCGACUGCCGUCCAUGGAGAGGACUAAGGGGUCGACAGGUAUGUUGUUCUGGUUCUUAAUCACCGUUUACACUAUACUUUUACCUCCCUUUUUUACUACCGUGGCGAUUUCUCGAGUGGGCGGGUGGAUCCCUCUCUUCCAAUGGUUGGGGGAUUCUUUUUCAAGGGCGAAGUUCAGCGGUCUUUUCCCCCUGGCCGUCUUUUUGAUCACUAAGGAGUGUAUCAUGGAUCGCAGUGGUGAAUCCCAGCUGCUUGGUAUAUGGCCUGUACCUAACAAAUGGUAUCCGUGUGUAGUGAUACUCAUCAUAACGCUAUUCACGUGGAGUAUUCGUCUGGACUUAAUCGCCGCAGCGGUGAUCGCUCUACUUAAUACAAGGUUCGCCUUUUUGAAUAAACUGGAACUAUCACUCUGGAUUGUAGCUGAAGUAGAGAAUAAUCUUCUACGCAAGUGGCUUAUGCCUCGAUCCCUCUUUGGUGGAGAGUACAUACCUGUAGAACGAUCUACCGCUUUUAUUGCUAACGAUGACGCGGGUACUGAGAUGAGCCAUACUGCUGGGGACUUGGAAGCUGGUACUGAAAGUGGCCAUGAUGAAACUCAUGGAAAUACAGCAGUUGAAGGCUCUUCCCAGGGCGAGGAUCAUCACCAUGUUCCACUGCCUGCAGUGACAGUUGCAGCGAACAGGUCCAUCAUUCAAGACCCUUCACGGGUGCCCCUGGUUAGUGAAGCUGAGAACUCAGGGAUUCAGAAUGGUGGUGAUUGCUGAUAUUAUCUCGCAGUGUUCCGUUAGUUAUUGCAUUUGAAAGACGUUCUUAUUCUUCAGCAGCUGCCGAGCUGUGUCAGGUUAUCCC